CUCUUCAACACGCAAAAUAUACCAAAUAUUCAGACCAUUAAGUUUUGAAUAUAAAAGGGUCUAGCAAAUGUUUAACCGUCAUCAGUUGGAGUAAUCUCGUAGUUCAAUCAACAAUCUCAACCCAAAAAAACACACAAUUCAAGAUGUUCAAAUACACUAUUGCCGUCUUUGCUUUGAUUGCCUGCGCUGCUGCCAAGCCAGGUGUGGUAGCUCCACUAGCCUACUCUUCGCCUGUGAUUGCCGGACCCGGAGUUGUGACUGCCACUAGUAGCCAAGUUGUGGCAAGACAAUUUAAUGGAAUCGCUUCUGCUCCAUUGAUUGCUGCUCCAGCACCCAUUGCAGCACCACUCGCUGCACGGUACUUCGCCUCGCCAUAUGCCGCUGCUCCUCUGGCUGCUGCACCAUUUGCUGCCCCUUUGGCUGCUUCUCCAUUGGCCGCUAGAUACGUAGCUUCACCCUACGCUACUGCUUCAUAUGCUGCUUCUCCACUGAUCGCUGGUGCUGCAUCACCAUACGCUUAUGCUCAAUAUGCAGCUUCACCAUUCGCUCCAGCUCCUUUAGCUUACUCAGCUGGUCUGCGUUAUGCCGCUGCAGCUUCACCAAUUGUGUUUUAAAACGCCUAAGACACCAAAAGACUGUGAUAUAUAUGUAGCUGAAGUGUAUUAUAAUUGUUAACCGUGAACCAUUUUAGUCGCAAUAAAGUAUAAAAUAUUCUGUUACCAUUCUAAA